AUGUCGUCAUUUAAUCAUAUAACCGUUCUUGAAGAUUUUUCAGCUGAACUUUUUUUCGAACUAUUUGAUUUUUUUCAUUUUAUUGAAUUAUAUAGUAUGUUCGCUCAUUUAAAUCGGCGAAUUGAUGAUUAUUUAGCUGAACUUUCAAAAAUAUACUUGACUAUAAUCCAAUCAACAGAUAAACUAACCACAAAGCUGAAUGAACAGCAACUGUUGCGUGUAAGAUUAUUAAAACUUGUGAUAUGGAACGGGAAAAAUCGACAUGAAAUACAAGAAUUUUUCAUUCAAUAUCCUUUAAAGUUAUUUCACCAGUUACGUUCGUUAACAUUAAGCGAUAUUACCUUUAACACCGAACUUCCUGUUACUAUUGAUCAAUUGUCAUUCCUACACUAUUUAACGUCCUUGGAUGUGCAAUUUGAUUUGUUUCGGCCAAAGUCGAACUUGACUAUUGAUGAAGUUCGACAUGCGUAUGAAACAAUAUUUCGUUGUUGUGUCACAUUAAAAACAUUGAAUUUCACUAUAUGGGAUGAUCUUAAUCCACGU